AUGGAAGGCAUGGGAAACUUGCUUUAUGAGGCAGCACUAGAAGGCAAUCUGACAACCCUAACAGAUUUGCUCAACCAAGAUAGACUGGCCCUUGACAGGUUCGUCGUCGAUAGUUUCUCCGAGACUCCUCUGCACGUAGCAGCCAUGCUUGGCCACCUCGAUUUCACGAAGGAGAUUUUGCGCCGGAAACCUGAACUUGCACAAGAGCUGGAUUUGAAACGAUCCUCGCCUCUUCACUUGGCAUCGGCAAAAGGGUAUCUGGGAAUAGUGAGAGAGCUGUUGAGGGUUAACCCUGAAAUGUGCCAUGCACGCGAUCGAGAUGGAAGAAACCCAAUCCACCUUGCUGCCAUGAAAGGCCGGGUUGGAGUGUUGAGGGAUUUGGUCAGAGAGGCUCCUAGUGCUGCCAGGGCAACUGUGGACGAGGGAGGGACUGUGUUCCAUUUAUGCGUCAAACAUAAUCAGCUGGAGGCUAUUAAGGUUCUGGUGGAGAUUAUGGAUGAUUACGAUCAAUUUGUGAAUGCUAAGGAUGAUUAUGGAAUGACCAUCUUGCACCUAGCAGUUGGUGACAAACAGAUUGAGACAGUAAGGUUUUUGCUUAUGUAUGGUAGAGCAGAGGUGAAUGCUGUAAAUGCAAACGGCUUCACGGAACUUGACAUUCUCACACAAAGUCGUAGAGAUGUAAAAGAUUUCGACAUCUCAGAGUGCCUCCGAGGAGCUGGAGCCUUAAGAACUAGUCCACAGAGAAGCACCAACAGUAACCACAUCAUGAUGAACUUGCUCUCACACAGAACUACUGAAUAUACAGGCGCUAAUAAUACACACAACUUGAGUAAGACCGGACAAGUGGAAAGGAUUUCAAAGAGGAGAGACGCGUUGAUGGUUGUAGCAUCACUGAUCGCAACCAUGGCUUUUCAAUCUGGGCUCAACCCUCCCGGUGGGCUUUGGCAAGACGACUCGCCGGAUCACCAGGCAGGACAAGCAAUCAUGGCUUUCAAAUACCCAACACAAUACUCCUACUACCUCUCUAUCAACACCAUUGGUUUCAUUGCCUCCCUAAGCAUCAUUUUGCUGCUGAUCACACGGUUUCCUUUCCACCACAGAUUUUUCAUGUGGCUUUUAACAGCCAUUAUGAACUUGGCGAUCACAUCCAUGGCUAUUACUUACGCCGAAUCGAUUUUCAUUUUCACGCCAAAAAGUCAGGAGAGCAGUGUAAACAAAGUGAUCAAGUACGGUAUAAUUGCGUGGUCCUUCGUCGUGACCCUUCUGUUGCUGCUGCAAACCUUGCGUCUCCUAGAAAUUCUGAUUCAAAAGUUCGACAAGUUAAUGCCGAAAAGAAGAGUACAUACUGCCUUCACAGAUAGUUUGCCCUAAUUAAUCACACCAGCAGUGCUUCUAUCUUUCAUUGAGUGAUGAAGUUAUAGUACGUUUAUGCAGUUCCUCCAUAAUCAGGCUUUAAUUUGUAAACAUUGUACAUAUAUA